UUAACUCCUAGGUCAAUAUUAACGCAAGCAUCAUGUGGUUUGAGAUGUAAACGUCUGCAUAAUAUUUAUAUAGUUUUAAUUGUUUUGGGCGCAAGCACAUGAUUUACAACCAACAACAAUAACUUUCAAAAAAAUUCCCACGGUAGCAGCUCGAGUAUAAAAGUAACCGAAAAGACGAACAAAAUGUCACACGUAUAUUUCCGCAACAAUGGUUUUAACUCUCGAAGACUGCAGAAAAGUUAUCUACAAACACACAAAUGGAAAAGGAAAAGUUAAGGCGUUCAAAAUUUCCUCGUUGGGCGAUGAACCUAUGGGCUUCCUGGGCGAACACUACAAAUUAAAAAUCACCUACGAAGACAUUGCAACGAAAGAAAUGAAAUUUGCAAGAUUUUUCUUGAAGACCGUGCCCAACAGCAAUCCAAACCACAUGCAGUACGUGAACGAAAUGGGAGUGUUCAAGAAAGAAGCUCUGCUGUACAAAAAUCUAAUUUCCAAUUUUGUCAAAUUCCACAAUAAACCGAUAGCGCCGAAGUGCUAUUUGGUGCAGGCGGAUAAAUUUAUUGUUCUUGAGGAUUUAUCGUCGAAAGGCUUUACAAUCCCCGAUAUGGAUCUAUCAUUAGCUCACUGGGAAGCUGUAAUACAAACAAUGGCUCGAUUUCACGCAUCGUGCAUCAUUUUCGAGGAACAGCGAUACGCCACUCAAAGCUACAGAGUGAACGAGUUUUAUCGAGAUGAAUUGAAGGAAUCCACAUUCAGUCCAUUGGAAAAUCAUCCGAGAUAUAAAUGGGCAUUAAAUACGUCUAAAGCAAUUGCUGAUUCAAUGAAAUUAGUGAAUUGUGAAAAUCAAGAAAACCAAGAAAAGAUAAAACAAUUCGUCAGCAAGAAGAUGUUGAACUACACGAAAGCUUCAAAAGAGUAUAGGAAUGUUAUUACGCACGCAGAUCUAUGGCGAAAUAACAUUAUGUUCCGACAAACUCAAGAAGAACUGGAUUGUAUCUUCAUAGAUUUCCAAUUGGCGCGAUACGUUCCAGCAGCAUUCGAUAUAUUAACAACGCUUCAUGUAAAUGCCUCCAGCCACUUCUUGGAUACGCACAUGGAAGGACUUCUUCGUCUCUAUUAUAACGUAUUUCGCGAGUCUUUGGAGUUGAAAAAAAUUGAAGUCGAUCGUGUUAUGACUUAUGAUCAGUUCAUGGAGAGCAUAAAGGAAUACCAGCUGCCAGCUUUAGUUGAAGCAACAAUGUUCGCAACAAUCUGCUUCGUCGGUCCUGAAUUAUCCAAUUUGAUUCUGGACGAUGAAGAUGUUUUCAACGAAUUUAACUACACGAACAGAAGUAAGUUUAUUCAGCAAGAGUUCAAAGAAAAUAUUAAUUUUCGUGAGAAGUAUUCCGACAUCAUGAUGAGAUUAAUAAGUGUACUGGAUCAAAGUCAAAUCGAAUAAUACUUAAUUCAUAAUAUGUAAUUUCUGUUUAUUUAUAUUAAGUAAACCAAAUUAAAUUAUUUUGUUAUUAAAAAUGAAUU